CCGAAAUGCCGCACAUUGGCGGAAAGCUGGCAGUCGUCAUUUUUGUCUUGACCCUUCUUGCAUUUGUGAUUGAAAGCCAACUUACUCAGUAUGUCCAAACAACGCUGAGAUACAGGCAACCCUUCUUUUUAUUCUACCUCGUACAUUCCGCAUUUGCGAUAAUUUUUCCCAUCCACCUUCUGUAUCUCAUCACGACUACGAAAUACUCUGCUACGUCUAUUCUGGAAGGCCUUGGCAUCGCCAUUUCCAGUCACUUAUCGUCGAGAGAGGCUUCCUCCUCCACCCUUAGAUUCCCAUAUGCUAAAUUUCUGAGAUUAAUACUUGCAAUGACCCUCGGGAUAACAGUCCCCGCGUUGCUUUGGUUCGCUGCCGUAUCCCUGGCACCGGUAAGCGAUGUCACUGCCAUAUGGAAUACCAAUGCUUUUUUCGCAUACCUGAUCAGUGUCAAGCUUUUUAAACUGGAGUGGGAAUCAAGACGGCUAUUCGCCGUGUUGUUGGCGACUCUGGGCGUGAUUGUCGUCGUAUAUGGUGGCAGUACCUCGUCAGGAGACGACACACCGAGCAUAACAGGCAGCGGCUCUGUUUCGAUGCGCUCAUUUAAACCCUCGGCACCCCUGGUCGGCAAUUUGUUGACCUUGGUUGCUUCAUUUGGGUAUGGUCUUUACCAAGUCCUGUACAAGAUCUAUGCUGCGUUGCCGUCAGACCCGGAAGUGACCUCGGACAUACUGUAUGAAAGAAUUCUUGACGAACAAACCGAUGUCGGUCACUACAACGUUCCAAACGAGGCUACGGCAGAUCAUUCUCUGUUCCCGCCACCAUUUGGCCUUCACCCAAAUCUACUAACCUCAGCUAUUGGUCUCACUACUCUAAUUUUGCUAUGGAUACCCAUCCCCAUCCUCAAUGCAACUGGCGCUGAAACAUUCAGGUUGCCUCCUAAUGGCAUCACUGUUUUGGCCAUUGGAGGUAUCGCAUUGAGUGGCGUCGUAUUUAAUGCGGGCUUCAUGAUCCUUUUGGGAAUCUGGGGCCCUAUCAUCACGUCUGUAGGCAACCUAUUGACCAUUGUGUUGGUGUUAACUUCGGAUGUCAUAUUCGGGUCAGGCUUAGAUGCUCUGACGGUGUGGAGUCUGCUCGGGUCCGGCGUCAUCGUCGUAGCAUUCGGAGUUCUCGCCUACGAUAUGUUUAAGACGAGGGCGUAAUCUUAACAAAAACG